AAUUGGAUAUGAACAGCAUAUGGAUAUAUCUGUAGACUGUAUAUAGGCUUCGAAAUCUGAAUGGUGCAAUGGAAUGGAUGCUGCCAGAUGUAGAUUAAUCAGAACAAGUUUGUUAGUGUACCAAACUGUAAGAAACAAUAUGUGAUAUUGAAAAACAUAACAUGCAGGUGAACAAAUGUGAAAGGGUGUGAAAUGUAAAAUUUAGUACUAUGUACUAUACAUAAAUGAGAUCAUCAUUGUUGUAAAUUUUAGUACUAUAUUUCUUAACAUUUUUACCCAAAAAAAUAGUACUAUAUACUAUACUAUACAUAAAUGUAAUUAUUUUAUUAAUAAAAAAUAUUAUUUUACAACUUUUAUUUACAGAUAUUAAAUGUUUCGAAAAUAAAUGUGGCUGAUAUAUAUAUAUAUAUAUAUUAAUAUUACGUGCUAAAAAUAGGUUAACACAUGACUUUUGAACCGUUCAAAGUUUAAAAAGGAACUUUAAAGUUAUUACUUCUUGAUCUUCUUCUUGUUUGGAGUCAAUUAUUCAUAAAGAUAUCUGCCAAAAAUGGAAAAUAUUUCGCCCAUAUGAUGACCAAGUACCAAAUCAAAACCAAUUAAUAUGAAAAUUCCAAAGAGAUUACUUCCCAUUUAAUUUGGCUUACACUUCCAUAUGCUAAAUCAGUAAUCAUAUCACAGAAAAUCUGUAAAUUUUAGAAAAUCAAAUAUCAUUUGGCUGCUAUAUUUUUAAUCUCCUUUGAGAUAAAACCAAAACCCACAUCUGUUCUGAAAAAGAUCUCCAAAAGCGAUCACUGGGUGUUCUACUGAUUUGUAAUGUCAUGAAUAAAUUGAGUAAUGGUGUUGGUGACAUUUGGAGCUUAGAAUCAAAAGUUGUGAUUAAAAAACAUAAUUAUGGGAAUCUUGUCACGCAGUCCAACUUAUGGUAGAAGAUCAGAAGAUAAUGGCAUGAAGCUUCUUGCAACUGCUUUGUUUGCUACAGCUUUUGGCAUUCUCCUUGGACUAUCAUUUCCAUCUUUAUGGAUCACUAAGGCGAAUCUACCAAAAAACCUUCUUCGUUCCAUUACUAUCUCAAAUAGACAUUCAGAUAUUGCAGCUCUUGUACAUGCCAUUGAUAUCUCAAAGAUAUGGGUUCCUUCAAAUCCCAAAGGUGCUGAGAGAUUGCCACCCGGUAUUAUUGCAUCCGAAUCAGACUUGUACUUGCGCAGGUUAUGGGGGAACCCUGAAGAGGAUUUGAAGAAGAAACCGAGAUAUCUAGUAACAUUUACAGUGGGUUAUAAACAAAGACAAAACAUAGAUGCGUGUGUUAAGAAGUUUUCAGACAACUUUACGAUUGUUCUGUUUCAUUAUGAUGGAAGAACAAGUGAGUGGGAUGAUGAGUUUGAGUGGUCGAAGAAUGUAAUACACAUUAGUGUUCGGAAGCAGACGAAAUGGUGGUAUGCAAAGAGAUUCUUGCACCCUGACAUUGUAGCGCGAUACGAUUAUAUAUUCAUGUGGGAUGAAGAUCUUGGAGUUGAUCACUUUGACGCAGAAGAAUACAUACACAUGGUCAAGAAGCAUGGCCUUGAGAUUUCACAGCCUGGUUUGGACCCAGAGAAAGGGUGUACAUGGCAAAUCACUAAAAAAAGAGAGCAUGUUGAAGUUCAUAAGGAAACAGAUGAGAAACUCGAAUGGUGCUCUAAUCCUCCUCGGCCUCCAUGUGCUGCAUUUGUGGAGAUAAUGGCUCCUGUAUUCUCACGAGAUGCAUGGCGCUGCGUGUGGCAUAUGAUUCAGAAUGAUUUGGUUCACGGUUGGGGUCUUGACUUUGCACUCAGAAGAUGUGUUGCGGAGCCUGCUUAUGAGAAGAUAGGAAUUGUAGACACUCAGUGGAUCGUUCAUCAAUUUAUACCUUCCCUUGGCAGUCAGGGAAAGGAAGAAGAUGGGAAAUCGCCAUGGCAAGGGGUGAAGGAUAGAUGCCAUAUGGAAUGGAAAAUGUUCGAGAGGAGAGUGGAUGAGGCAGAGAAAGAAUAUUUUAAAUCCUUACAAGUUCAAACCCCAUCCAAUUCAACUACAUUGCACUAGGACCUUACCAUUUUUUUCCUUUUUUUUUGUAGCUGUGUGAUUUAUAAGUGCUUCUUCUCAACAUUUACAUACAAUCUUUAUAGAUAAUCUAAUAUAGAUAUAUCAUUAAUCAGAUUCUGUUAAAUCGUUGAAAGAGGAUUAUCAAAUCACUUUUGCAACAAAAAAAAUGUCGAGGAUUAUCAAAUCA